CUGUGUGCACUGAACACUGGCCUCUGCGAGCUUCAUGCUUUAGGGCUUUUACGCACUGUCUUCUAGCUUAGUUACACAUUGACUGCAUGCUACAAGUUUAUCUCAGGGAUUACGGUCACUUGCUGCUAUUUUAUUCCAGUUAACGCGCGGUGAUGAGCGCAACAGAGCUGGGUCUAUGAUGCGCUGCUUGAUCUGUCUGUGGAAUUCUUCAAAAAUGCAUUUAUUUGUGCUCGCUGUCUUUCUUUACCUCAAAAACGGUGCCAAUGCGGACCCCAAAGCCAAGUGCCCCGCGCGCUGUGACGUGAGCAGCUGCCCGAGCCCCAGCUGCCCCGGAGGGUACGUGCCAGACCGCUGCAACUGCUGCCUGGUGUGCGCGCUGGCGGAGGGGGAGCCGUGCGGGCGCAAAGACGACCUGCCGUGUGGUGAGGGGCUCGAGUGCAAGCACCCGGCCGGAAUGCGCCUUUCCAAGGGCGUCUGUCAGUGCAAGCUCAACUACGAGGUGUGUGGCAGCGACGGCAAGACGUACGGCAACGUGUGCCAGCUGAAGGCGGCGAGCAGGACCGCGCUACAGCAGGGUCUGCUGUCCAUCAGCCUGGUGCAGAAGGGACCGUGCGACUCCGCUACAGGUCCCUCUCAUGUGGCCAGUCCUCGCUACAAGUUCAACUUCAUCGCUGAUGUUGUGGAGAAGAUCGCUCCUGCUGUGGUGCACAUAGAGCUUUUUCUGAAACACCCUCUGUUUGGUCGGACCAUCCCUCUGGCCAGCGGCUCUGGGUUUGUGAUGUCUGAAAACGGUCUGAUCGUCACCAACGCCCAUGUAGUGUCCAGCAACACUCAAGUCUCCGGUCAGCAACACCUCAAGGUCCAAAUGCAAAAUGGGGACGUAUUCGAAGCCAGUAUCAAAGACAUCGACAAGAAAUCGGACAUCGCCACCAUCAAAAUUAACCCGCAGACCAAGCUGCCAGUGCUCUUCCUGGGCCACAGUGCUGACUUGAGGCCUGGGGAGUUCGUGGUGGCCAUCGGCAGCCCCUUCGCCCUCCAGAACACAGUGACCACCGGCAUCGUGAGCACAGCACAGAGGGACGGCAAAGAGCUGGGCCUGAGGGACUCGGAUAUGGACUACAUCCAGACUGACGCGAUUAUCAAUUACGGCAAUUCUGGAGGACCUCUCGUUAAUCUGGAUGGAGAAGUUAUUGGCAUCAACACAUUAAAAGUAGCCGCAGGGAUAUCCUUUGCCAUCCCCUCAGACAGGAUCACACGGUUCCUCAAUGAUUCCAUGGACAAAUUCAGCAAAGACACAAGGCUGAUUAAGAAGAGGUUCAUCGGCAUACGGAUGCUGACCAUCACACCCACGCUGAUAGAAGAGCUGAAACAGCAGAACCCAGACUUCCCUGAUGUCUCCAGUGGGAUCUACGUGCACGAGGUGGUUCCUCACUCUCCGGCUCAGAAAGGGGGCAUUAAAGAUGGAGACAUCCUGGUCAAACUCAAUGGUAAACCCCUGAUGAAAACAGCUGACCUACAGGGGGCGCUGCAGGAGGAGACAGCUCUGCUACUGGAGGUGCGGAGGGGCAAUGACGACCUCCUGUUUAAUAUUGAGCCUGAUGUGAUCAUGCAAUAACCCAAAUGUACGUGAACCUUAAAUGACUGUGCUUAGACCAGUGGUCUUAAAACUGGACUGUCCCACUGGGGACUGAUGCUGGACAAUUCAGGACAGUGGACAGCUGAUGGUACUUGGGACAACCUCCUUCUAACCAGAAGACAAGAGGGACACACCAGCAAGAUUCUUACACAAUAUACUGUACUUUAGACGUUUGGUCUAGUUUGUUAUUUGUUCUUUAGAACAAACAGUGAGAGCAAAGAGAGUGUGUCAUGUACUGGGAGCAUCCUGGAGAUGCAACAUCUUCUUAAUUGGCACUUCUUCUUUUAUAGUAGUAUAUUAAUGACCAUGUUAGUAUAUUAAUGACCAUAUUACUGUAUUAGUGACUAGCUCUUGACCAGUUUAAGCAUGUGCCACAAGUGAGCAGCUGUUGCAGCCAUGACAAGAGCAAGAGCAGUUAUCAUUUGACUGUACUGUGUCUACUGCCUCCGGUCUAACUAAACAUGCAUGUCAUUUAUCUGACUGACAACAGUGUGAACAACUCACUGAUGCUAAAUACUAAUUUCAUCAUAACAAUCAACUGAAUAUCGCUGCACAUGUUCUUAUGCAGGCUACAGAGGAGUAAUGGGUUUGGCUCAUGUUGAGUAAAGUGAGGUUCUUAAGAGGAUGAGGUCUUUUGUAGCUAAGCUGGCCUGGGGCUUAUUAAAGAGUCCUUUAG